GGUGUCUUAGGAAACUUUGCUGUUACAACACUGAGCUUGAUGUAUUUCAUCCAAGUGUUCGUGAGUGAUUCCAGCUCAGUCACAUACUGGAUGGUUUCUCUGAUCAGUCCAACUGCAUUCGCUUUGGCGAUGGAUAAGUCUCUGGUAUUGGAUCUGCAAGGUGAAGGAGUAAAUUUCGACAAUCUCUGGUCCGGCCCAGGAAUACCUUUCGGUGGCAGUCUCAUCAUGAUGACUUUGGAUAUCUUUUUGUACGGCUACCUGGCCUACUAUCUCGAUUCCGUAAUUCCAAGUGAGCAUGGAACAAAGAGGCCACCUUGGUUUUGCUUUUUACCUGGAUUUUGGUGUCAAAAGAAGGUUCAAAGGAAAUAUUUGCAGGUACCAUCAUCGAACGGUGAAUCAAACUCGUUUAUUCCGGGCGAGGAGGCGAAUCGCGACGUGGAGCCGGUAGUGCGCGAAAUGAAGGGCCGCGAAGCGAUCAGGAUAACUGACCUCUACAAAUCAUUCUACAAGUGCAGGCAACCGGAGAUAAAGGCGGUGAAUGGCAUCAAUCUGACUAUUUACGAGGGUCAAAUCACUGCCAUCCUCGGUCACAACGGCGCUGGCAAGACCACUCUCUUCAACAUCCUUACAGGCCUGACCGCACCUACGUCUGGCACCGCCCUAAUAUUCGGUUACGAUGUGCGCGAUUCCAACGACAUGCGAGCAAUACGCAGCAUGACCGGAGUCUGUCCGCAACACGACAUCCUUUUCGAUCUACUGACGCCGCGCGAACAUCUCGAGUUCUUCGCCGCGGUGCGUGGCAUUCCACGCUCGAUGAUACGACAUGAGGUGAAGAAAACCCUGAAAGACAUUGAUCUAGUUGAGAAAGCGGACACUUUCGCACGAUAUCUAAGCGGUGGACAAAAGAGAAAAUUAUCUGUAGGAAUCGCUAUCAUCGGCGAUCCCAAAAUUGUUAUCCUUGACGAGCCUACCGCCGGGGUGGAUCCUUAUUCGAGAAGACAGUUAUGGUCUCUUCUUCAGUCGAGGCGACACGGAAAAGUGAUUCUAUUGACAACUCACUUCAUGGACGAAGCGGAUAUACUCGCCGACAGGAAAGCAGUAAUCAGCAAGGGAAAGCUCAGAUGUUGUGGCAGUUCUCUGUUUUUAAAGAACAAAUUCGGCAUUGGAUACCAUUUAACAUUAGUCCUAGAAGGUAAUGCCAGGGAACAUGCUAUCAGCCGAUUAGUAACAUCACAUGUGAGUAAAGCGGAAAAGGCAAGACGUCACGGUCGGGAAUUGAGCUUUAUUCUACCUCACAACUCUGUGGAAAAUUUUGCACCCCUUUUCUCUGCCAUCGAGCAUGAAAUCAAGACUCGUUCGAGUAGGCUUGGCAUCAGCAGCUAUGGUGUGUCGAUGACUACUCUGGAAGAAGUAUUUUUACAUCUGGAAAAGGACGAAGAGACCGAGUGUACAAUGGAUAACCUGUCGAAGAAGAUGGUGCGUAAUCGCGCGCUCAGCCGGUCACUUUCAUUGCAGUCCAAGAGUACGUCGUAUCAGAGCUUGCAGAACGAGGGGGUAAUCGUACAGGGCGACGGUCAAGGGAAGGCUAAUGAUUUGCCGGACGGUAUCCAUAAUGAUCGAAAUCCACCUGUGCUCGGCCUUGGCCUAGAUUCCAUCAAGAUUCGGCCUAACUUCUUUCAAAUACUCUAUGCCAUGUUACGUGUAAGAGUACUCAGACUCUUCAGAAAUCUCCAACUGCUAUACUUCACAAUCAUUACGCCACUGGCUCUGGUAGCGCUCGGUCUCUAUUUGAACAGCAUUCGAACGGUCGAUGUCAAGAUGGAGUCGCUAAAACUUGAUAGCCAUACAUACAACGAAACCGAGAUCCUCUACUUAAAUAAUACCGAUCACGACAUUACCAAGUUGAUAGACAGUAUAACUCAAGACGCGAAGCACAUUGAAGAAUACGAUGGCAAUUUCGCAAAUUUAAUGAAUAUCCCGCCACAUAUAGCCGCCUUCAACAUUAAUGAUUAUAAUUUACCGCGACUCAACCUGACCGUCACAUACAACGAUACGAUGCAACAUUCCCUUCCGAUAUUGAUAAACAUUCUUUCGAACGCUUAUUAUAGAUUGAUCUCGGGUAAGAAUGAAGCUAUGCCAAUCGAAGUCCAUACACACCCUUUCCAGCAAACAUCUCAACCUCAACAGUUCAAUAUCGGCGCAGCCAGCUGUGCUAUCUUUCUCGGCAUGGUUUUAAUAAUAUUGCCGAUUACUUUAGCAGUAGACAUGGUUAACGAUCGCGAGAUCAAAGCGAAGAAUCAGCUUCGCGUGAAUGGCCUGUCGUUCUCCACGUAUUUUUUUAGCUACUUCAUUGUGCUAGUCGGCCUGAUGAUUUUCAUCUGCCUGUGCAUUCUCGGCAUCAUAUUCCUCUUCGAUGUGCCUUCGCUACGGGAAAUACCGGCCAUCAUCACCCUCGGCAUAUACUGCCCAUCGUCUAUCGUCUUCUCUACAUGUCUCAGUUAUAUCUUCGAUAAAGUGGAUUCCGCGCAAAGCAUGUUGCCGAACAUCGCGACCUUCUUAGGGUUGCUACCAUUCAUCCUUGUUAUGAUUCUUGAUAUGCAAGGACUCGGUGGGACAGCUUCGUUCGCGUUGCACGUGGCCUUUUCCCUAUUGAACAGCAUGUACGUGCCGUAUGCGGCGGUGUAUUACGUGGACCGCGUUCAUUUGAUGUGCUCCAUCAAUGCUGCCUGUCACUAUCUCGCCAUGUCUGAUUACCUCACUAUGGAGAUUAUAUUGCUGGCUUUUGGUGCGCUGCUACAAUGUCCGAUUUGGCUCAUAAUACUACUUAUACUGGACAUCAACAAAAGUGGUGGCAAUGUCAGCGAUGUGUUUAAAUACUACUUUCUGAGUGAUGGCGAUUCUAUUCGUGAGGAAAUUAUGGAAAAUUCGGAUAUUGGCGAACACGAAGAUACAGAUGUGAAGAACGAGCGACAAAAAGUUUUCAAUUUUGUCGUUUCAUCGGCCCUCGGUCAAGAACCGCCCUUAGUAUUGCUUCAAAAUCUGCGAAAGGAAUAUCGACAAAAAGAAUCAGGAUCAUCCUGCUGUUCAAAGCGUGAGGACGAGCGAAAGGUUGCUGUGCGAAACCUCUCGUUAGCGUUAGAACCAGGCGAGGUCAUGGGCUUAUUAGGUCAUAACGGCGCUGGCAAGACCACGGCAAUGAAGAUCAUCAUCGCCGAGGAGGCACCCACGAAGGGCAGGGUGCAAAUUAGUGGUCAUAACAUUAACACCCACAUGACGGAGGCUUUUCGACAGAUGGGCUAUUGUCCCCAGCACGACGACGCCGCAAUUCGCGGUGUUCCAUGGAGCGAAAUCGAUGGAAUCGUGGAUCAGUAUUUGACUGGUCUGCAGAUUCACGAACAUGCCGACAAGCAGAGCCAAGAAUGUUCCGGCGGAACUAGAAGAAAACUUAGCUUUGCGAUGGCAAUGGUCAGUGGACCUAAGGUGAUUCUUAUGGAUGAACCAAGCACAGGUAUGGAUCCCAGAUCAAAGAGAUUCCUAUGGGAUACGAUUCUCGCUAGUUUCCAGGGUGGCAGGGGAGUUAUAUUGACUACCCAUUCCAUGGAAGAAGCAGACGCACUGUGUUCAAGAGUCGGCAUAAUGGUGAAGGGUGAGCUGAGAUGCAUCGGCUCGACUCAGCAUCUAAAAAAUCUCUAUGGUGCUGGCUAUACUUUAGAGAUGAAGCUACUAGGCGGCGACUGUACACCGACGACACCCUCCGGCGACAGGAUCGCCGGCUUGAAGGAAUUCGUCGCCGGCCUCUUCCCCGACGCCACUCUGGAGGAGAGCUUCGCUGACCGGCUAGUUUUUGCCGUGCCCCAACAUUCUGUGACCUCACUGGCUGAGUGCUUUACACAAUUAGAAAAAGCCAAACUCGAAUUGGACAUUGAAGAGUACAGUUUUAGUCAAACUACCCUGGAACAGGUGUUCCUCAAGUUCUCGCACUAGAACACUUCCUUGGAAUGACGAUGUGACAUCGUUACGUGAUAUAAGUGAUAAACUCGCGAUCAGUGCGCGUGAAAGAACUGUUCAUCUACAUAGGAACAUGUGAAGAAAAAGAAUGUGCUAGAACAUGACAAAUGUUGUUAGUUGUUUGGUUUCCGGAAUUUCUAUGUCCUCACUAACAAAUUAUGUGAUUGCGCCAAUGACAAUGUGAUGAAACGUGUCAUCUUUUUAUUACAAGGCGUCGCAGAUAAUGGAAUGGUGAGUAUAAUGGUUAUCUAACGAUUCUAGUAUUGCAAAAGAAUAUCGAAGAGACGUCGGUUUGUGUCUUCAAAUUUUUGGAGGGACAAUGAAGAAACGAACAGACAAAAUGAUGAGACAAGAAGAGUUUUUGAAUAAUUUAAAUUUUAUUUUGAAGUGCAAAGUGACAAGCCUGUUUGAAGCUUAAUAGAGAAAUGAGAAAUGAAGAUGGAAUAUAAUAUGGAAAACAAGAAACAAUUAUCUAAGAAUCGUAGCGUUUAAGAAGUGAGAGAGAGAAGAAAUGAAGAAUUAUUUAUUUGAUCCAAAGUACUGAAGAAAUUAUAGAACAAUGAAGAAAGAGAAACAGGAAUGGUAGAUUGUGUUUACAAAAAAGAGAGAUAAGUUAAAUUCUAGACUGUCAAAGCAAGAAUGAAGAAACCAAAGAAACGUAAAUUAUCUCACCGUUAUACAUUCGAUAGCAAGUAUUAAGAUGACAGAAAACUAUAGGGAUGACAAAAUGGUGAACAGAUAGAUAACUGUACUAAAGCCUACAUUUGAGGGAGUGUUAAAGAAACUAGUCGCUUUGUAGCUCCAAACUGGCAGAAUGAUGAAGCAACAAGGGAGCUAUGAGGGAACAUAUACAUAUACAAGUUAGCAAUUAGUCCUAGUAUACAAUUUUGAAGGAGUAUUAAGUGACAAAUCGUAUUGCAGCUUUAUCGAAGAAGAAAUGUUG